GUUCAGCUCCUUUGCCGUCUUCUGCUGGGCUCCACGCCUACGCUCCCCUUUCAGCACCAUGGUCAGCGCGCGACUCUUCUUCCUCGGUGUCACCUGCUCCGUCUUCUUCUUGUUGGUGCGCAGUGAUGACUCGCUGGAAGCUCGAUCUCUUCAAAACCCCAUCAAGACACCAGAGGAGAAGGAACUGAUUGAAGCCUUGCAAGAAGUUUUGGAAAAGCUGAAGAAUAAACGAAUGCCCUCUGCGGAGAAGAAGCUGGGCUGGCUACCCUCGUGCGAUGCAGGGGAACAGUGCGCGAUCCGCAAGGGGGCGAGAGUCGGGCAGUUGUGCGGCUGUCCGCGAGGGACGUCCUGCAACUUCUACAUCCUGAAGUGUUUGUAGAGCAAGACGCUGAUAACGUGAGACCCGAGG